UCAACCCAGUGGCUGUAAGGCUCUGGCCGAGGCCAGUUUAGCUGGCCUGCCUGGCUGCAGUCGCUCUUCUGCAGACUUCAGUCGUCUUUACACAAGCCACAGUGUAUUGACGGUCGAUGGAAGCUUAUUAUCCGUGCACAGCACUUCAAACCUAUAGAGCUGUAUGUGGCUGUUGUUCACAUUUUGCAUUUUUCUGAGGAAUGAACUAAGGUGCUUCUUCUACUGUCUUCUGAACAUAUUGCUGAUUCUUCUAUGGACACAGAUUGAGGUGCACCGUCCGGUAGAAAUAGAGUAACGUGAACAGACGAAGAUGCCAGGCCCACCUCCCCCACCACCUCCUGGGCCUCCCCCUCCUCCCACCUUUGGUGUAGCCAACACAGAGAAGCCAAAUCUAAGCCGUUCUGAGCAGCAUGGAAGGAGCGCUCUGUUGUCUGACAUUUCAAAAGGGGCCAGAUUAAAGAAAGCUGUUACCAAUGACCGCAGCGGGCCCAUAUUGGACAAGCCUAAAGGAGGUGGAGGUGGAGGAGGAGGAGGAGGUGGAGGUGGAGGUGGUGGAGGAGGAGGAGGAGGUGGUGGUGGUGGUGGAGGUUUUGGUGGUGGAGGGGCAUCUGGUGGUUUAGGAGGCCUGUUUGCAGGAGGGAUGCCAAAACUGAGGUCUGCAGCAAACAGAGACGCCAACGACUCAGGACCCAGUCGAGGACCUGCACUCCCCACAGGAGGCCGCUCUAGUGGCCCCAGCCCCUUUGGUGGUGGCAGCUUCGGUGGCACGCCUAAACUCCCAGGAGCCCCUGCUGGUGGCAGCUUCGGUAGCACGCCUAAACUCCCAGGAGCCCCUGCUGGUGUCCGCAGCGGGGUCCCUGAUCUUCCCCAGGGCCGCUCAUUUAGACAGGACACUGCAGGAGGCCCCCCUCCACCCGUACCCAAUACACCUCGACCAGCCCAGGCCUUGCCAUCACGUGGGGGUCCACCUCCACCAUCGCUCCCUGGUGGACCCAGGCCCAGUCCUGCUUCAGGACCUCCACCUCCCAGUGUUCCACCAGGAAGGCACGGACCUCUCCCUCCGCCACCAGGAGGCUCCUCAGCUGGCCCAAGACCGAGCUUCUCUGCACCACCUCCAAACAGCAGCCGACCUCCCUUACCGCCAGCACCUGGAGGGAGACCCCCACUUCCUGAUGACCGACCCCCACCCCCACCAGCUCCCGUGGGAGGUCAUCGACCAUCCAUGCCCCGUGACAUACCCCCUCCUCCCCCUCCCUCUAUCAACUCAAAACCUUCUUCUUCUGACUCGCCCUCCUCAUCCUCUCGUUCCUCGGUGGGUGGGGGUGCGCCUCCUCUCCCACCGGGGCGACCGGGCCCCCCUCCUCUACCACCAACUCCAGCUGGUGGCGAUGACCAAAGCACUCCUCGUCUCCCCCAGAGGAACAGCUCACUCAGCAGCUAUGGUCCAACUGUGUCACACGGCCGGACAGGGCCCCUUCCUCCUCCACCAAACGAGAGACCACCUUCUCUUGGAAGGAACCAGCCUUCAGUACGCACAGGGCCUCUUCCUCCCCCUCCUCCCUCAGGUCGUAGCAUGGUUGGGGGCAGUGUGAAGCCAUCACCGGCUUCUUCUCCUAUUGGUCGGCCAGGCCCAGAGGCCCCUCGUGGUGGACCCGGUGGAAGACCUCCCCUCCCUCCAGAGAGACCAGGGACUGGAGGAGCCCCUCCUCCUCCGCCACCCAUGGGCAAUGGCUUGCAAAAUUGUCACCACAACCAGAUACAGGAUGAGUGGGAGUGUCGUUUCACUUUCCAUCCAGUGUCAGACCUUCCGCCUCCUGAGCACUACGUGCCGUUCCAGAAGACAUACCCCAGCAAGAUUGCCAAGACUGACGGCAGAGGUAGUGGUAAAAAGGAGAGAGGAGCGCCUCCUCUUCCUCCUAUACCCAGGUGAAGAAGAGGUAGCAGCCAUCACAGCACCUGGAGCUACACCAUCUAUUUUCCUACUUGUCUCUCUCUCUCUGUCUUUGUUGUGCUUUGAACUGCUUUCGUUGUAUGGACGGCAACAUGUACAAUGGACCUGAAGUAUGGAUGACCAAGUUUACACCAUGUGCCUCUGUAGCAGUAGUAUUGCAAUAUUCAAAGACCAAAGUCUGUUUCUACUCCGGUACACUGUGCUCAUAUGAAAAGAAAAUAAACUUGUACCUCUUUAGGCACUAAAAAAAUUUUGUUUUUCAGGUUGAUGGUCACGCUGUGGCUGGAAAAUGCUCUUUAAGCUUUGUCAGUGAUCCACAUUGACUUUAUUAUUAACAAACUUUUUUUAUGGUUUGCCUAUGGUUGAUAGAUUCCAUACUUUGCUUGCUAGAUGUUGUUUGAUCAACCAGCUGCACUAUUACACACUCUGACUUGACAAAGUAGCAUUUGGCAGAGAGCAGAUGUGACUUUCUAAGCCUGUUUACACUGCACAGUUAGCAAUAGGUAAAGGAAAAUCAGUGUCUUAUGGCGGUAGUAUUGUCAACAUUGAUGUCCUGUGGUUUUCAGUCAGGCAGCAGCAGUACAGGGCUUAUACCAGGGCUUAUACCAGGGCUUAUACCAGGGCUUAUACCAGGGCUGGCCAUUUGAAAAGCUCUUUCUCUCUUUUUUUUUUUUUUCUGACUGUACUGCUGCUUUAAAAUAAUUAAGGGAAUCAGCCUUUCGUGCCUUAAUUUAUGUGUGUAUCUUUCAGCUGGAUUAGAUCACCUCUGCUGAUGUAAAGGUAAAAACGGAAGCAAUAAUGCAGCUUCGUUCCAACAUCAUCUAAAAUAUUGAGUAUAGACAUCAUCAGUACAUACUCAGACAUAGACCCCAAACUAAAAAUGGCCACAACCUUCCGCCAGCACGGCAUAAAAGAUCAGCCACAUGUGCCUUCAGAGUAUGUGUAUUUACAUCUGUGCGUUUCUGUUGGAACCACUAAACGGUACUUUUCAUCUGAUUGUUAAAUGUGAUGUUAGCAUGCAUGCAUUGUUUAUGAUUGUGAUGU